CACCUGGUAUUAGGAAAGUUUGAAAGAUAUGACUACCUAGGUAUACAUCGAAGCGGUCGAGGAACAACGCACCGAAAGGCUAGGUGCUUUUCAGUGACCAUAUCAUCCUUGGACAGGCUGGUCAACUGUCAGCUUGCUUUACCACUAGCUUGCAGCUCGUUGGUUGAUCAAGCUGCAGCGCUUGCAGGGUUAUACCUCGCAUGGGUCAUAUCAGGUACAUGCUGGCGCUAUGUACCUGGCCCGCCCCCUGCUCAACAGUGCAGGUGACCUGUACCUGGCGGCUCUGACUGGCAUGAGUUGCUGUUCAAUGUGCCCUUAAGAUAGAAUUAUUCAGCAAAGUGUUGUGCAACGACAAUCAGUCCGCAUGUUACUUGAUGCCUCUGUUUGGAAUUGGACCCGCGCGCCUGGAUACUACAGUUAAUCAAAUAGUUCCGACUUGCUGCAAUCCCACCCACCCACCUCGAAUACAUGUUUAUCGUGCCUAACAGUCACCGCUUAGGAAGGAAUACGGAUACUCCCAAGAAGCAUCCAUCGACUCAUCCUGCAACUGUAACCCGCUCCCCACCAAAGCCGGCGGUGCCUUGCCCUGUCAGGGUUCCCACGAGACGAGACGAGCUGUGAUCGGUCGCAAACUGGCAAAGCGGAGAAUUGUGUUGGCGCCGUUUGAACCGAGACCAGAGCUCCGUGCCCAGCGAAACUCAACACCCACGACCAUCCAGUGCCAGGCUCGAUUUGCAGCCAGCUGGGGAACCCUAGAGAAUUAGGUUCUUGUCGGACUUUCAACCCACGGUGAUCCAGGUCAAUGAGCAUGACAACAGCCAGCACGACUACGUGAGGUGGCUGACCUCUAGAUUGAUUGGUCGGGCAACGCAACUAACAAAGACUCCGUCUUAGUGCAAGGGAAACAAGAGAGUUGGGCAACUCCAUCCUGCCUCUAUGCAUCCAUCCCGGAUCCGGACUCCACAGACAAUCGAUUUGGGACGGAAAAGCAACCAUAGACAUACAUCAUCGCCACGCUUGCCCCUGCCACUUUUUUCCCUCUGUGCCCCUGUCUCAACUCACCAGUUUGCGACUGUCAACCUUUUUUUUUCUUCUGCGUCACGCACGUUCUGGCUUACGUUGUUACUGCAGUCUUUGUAUGCAAGCAACACACAUACAGUUUCGAUUUUGACUUUUUCGGUUAUCCCUUGAUGAAAUCAAGUUGCAACCACAAAGGAUAGCCCUGGAAGUGACGAAUUAUUCCAUCGAAUGAGUUUGACUGCAUCGCUUUCGCAGUUGUCGCUCAGAGAAUAUCAACUCACCUCAGCCUGGUCUGUGCCACUCUGCGGAUCUAGGCCCUGAUCUUGGCUGGCUUGCAUCACCACUACGCACGCCUCCCUCCCCGCCGGCAUUUCUACGUACGCUCUAAGGCGGGCCUUAGUUAGCAGGUCGUGGGUACUGUAGGAGCCUGAGAACGCCUCUACUCAUUCUCUUACAACUCUCACACACGCUCCCUGUUUCUCCAUCCUCAUUGUCUCUCUUCUUGACCCCUUACAUCUAUCCCUUUAUCCCGUUGGGAUCCGCGCUCUGCGUCAACUUGUACAUGUUCCGUUUUGUGUGUGCGUGUCUUGUUGCAUCCUAACUCCUCGGACUAUUACUUCUUAUCUCCAUAUCCCCCAUCAUCGGAAGGUUUUCGUCUUAUACAGGGUUGCCUGUGGUCGUCAUCACCCGCCUCGCGAUUUCUGCUAAGUCCUUUGGCCGUCUCGCAUUUUUCUGCCUCAGUGAGAUUGUCGGUGCAUCCAAGUGCAAAAAUUGCAGUCCCGACAACACAUAUAGCGGUGCAUAACGAAGACCCGACCGAAUUCUCGUACCUGUGUGACCAGGACGUUGAACCCUCCGGGCAUCUUUCUCGCCCUUUCCCGAGAGGCGGACCCGCGCAACGGUAAUAUCGUCACUAAUAUCGAUAAUACUGCUGCCAGUAUCGAGUUCGAGCUUUUGUCGCCAUGGCGGCCGCUUUUCGCCCAGUGAAUUCCCCGCUGGCCAUGACGGUCUCCCGCGAAGACGUCAUGGGUUCAUCGACCGCAACUCCUCGACCCAACACAGCCCCUCAUACACAGUCACAAAUACCUGCCGACGAUGGUGCGACUCCGACAAGGGCAACUUUCAACCUAGCUAGCCAGAAGCCACUACCAUCUAGUCCUUUCCCCCAAGGAAUACAGAUGCCUGAACAACCACCGAAACCAAAGAUGCCUCGGCGUCACGACUCACGGCAUUCGAAUAAAUCAGGAGACUCGGGAGACGUAGAUAUGGACGAUUCCGAUGGAGAGACUGGCACCAUUGAGGAUGGCGCUGGAUCUGACGACGAAAGUGUUGGAGCAGACGGACCCAGGUCAGGCAAGAAGAAGAAGUCGCAGCGCUUUUAUUGUACGGACUAUCCUCCUUGUAAUUUGAGCUUUACGCGGAGCGAGCAUCUUGCCCGGCAUAUCAGAAAGCAUACAGGAGAACGUCCAUUCCAGUGCCACUGCUCUCGCCGCUUUUCAAGACUCGACAAUUUGAGGCAACAUGCACAGACAGUCCAUGUCAACGAGAACAUUCCUAUGGACUCGCUAGCUGCAACCGGUUCCCGGUUUCAACGGCAGAUGCGGCCCGAUCGAAUCAGGCAAGCCGGGAAUCGAGCCAGAGCAUCGACAGGUGGUAGUGCCGGCGGUCCUCAACGAGGACAUUCCAAAUCGCUCUCUACCUCGAGUAUCACCAGUGUCAGUUCUGUCGGCUCGGCUUACAGCGUUCAAGAUGCCAGGCGGCGACCGCCUCCAUUGGUAAUGGCAGACCCUCGCUCGCGAUUGUCUUUGGAGUCUUACCGGAGUGCUAUGGAGGGCUCUUACCCUCACUACCGACCUGCUUCUCCCAGUGAUUUCGGAACACCAACUUCAUCCACCUUUUCAACUGGGCAGAGCAGCCCAAGAUGGGGACCAGGCGUGUCUUCCCCAGCAACGUCACACUCACGAUCUCACAGCAUGUAUACCUCUGGAAGUCGAACACCAGGCCGCCGUUUGAGUGUUCCAGGAAACCCAUUUCAAUCCCCUGGAGCACUAGGGGGGAGACCGAUGAUGUUUGGGCCUGGUCCUGCUAAUGCUUCGAAUGUGGGUGCUCUCCCGCCAAACAGUAACGGCAUCCCUCCAUCCCCAACUCCCUCAUCGACUUCUCAAUGGUCUCGUAGGGAGUCAGUGUCAGAGAGUGAUUGGCGCCGAAGAACAUGGCAUCCAGACAGCCGCAAUAUCAAUGGGAACCCCAGUCAGCUAAGCUCCGUUGUGAACCAGUCAUCUGUCCGUCCGAACCCACCACCACCGAUCGCGAAUCCUUCCACUUCUCAGUCGUCCUUCCGCCUGCCCGGUAUCGAGUCGUUCGACCCUCUCCCACCUGCCACACCACCAAGGAGACAGCCUUCGCCCAUGAUGGUCGACCAAGAGCCUCAGAUUCGAGCCUCUUAUCAACCCCACCUCCCCGAAACCCCGAUGCAGGACGAGAGACGAAACCUAAACUUGUACGACGCGAGCCUUCAGAGAGGCCUCAACCGCCUUGACAUCAACCACAGUACACCGCCUCGUGAUAGCGCGGGUAGCUGGGCUUCCGAAGCAAACAAGGCUGUCCAGGCUCAAGCUGAGCAUGUGCGGCUCAAUCCUCCUACUGUUCGUUUUGAGGAGCGGCCUCCGGUAUACCAGGGCCCCAAACCUCCACCUACCUCUGCCCCACGAUCUCUCCAUCAACACACAGUUUCGGCCCCAUCUAUUACAACAUCGAGAGAAAAUAAGCGUCGUGGAUGGUACAAUGGGCCCGUUUCUCUUCAUAGAGACGGCCGACCUCCUCAAGAGCAGCAAGAUACACGGCUAGCUCACGUGGAUAGGAUGGUGCAUCCGAACUUUACUGGCUUCAGUGGAUUCCCCGUCAAAGAAGCACCACUGCAUCCUCAAUAUCAGCAACCACCACAACAACUGCCCCCACAAACUCAGCAGCACCCGCAGCAUCCCCAGCAGCAACAACACCCGCAUCAACAGACCCAACAGCAACAGCAGGGACGACCUGGCAGCAAUGGCUCUCUAGGCCGUCUUGAGGCGUUAGUUGCUGUUGCGACAAGCGAAGGAUCUACUGCUGCAGCAUAUUGAGCUGGAUUAUGCCCUCAUCCGACCCCGUCUUUUUGAGACGACAAUGAUUUGACGACUUAUGACCUAUCCCCUUGAACCGGCUUGUCUUUUCCUCUAUACCUGGCAGCGGAGACGACGCACGUUGCGGGUAUGAUCCUUUGCAUGAUACACGACCAUGGAAUCUUCUUUUAUGUCUUUUGGUAUAACGACAUCCCUACUCUGAAUUAACUUGGCUAUGGGUUCAAAUGGCAGCAUUUACCAACAUCCCACCAGCAUUGGUAUCUGACUCAAGGAACCGACAUUCGCUCCAACAAUCUGAAACGUCUGGCCCCUGGGAGUUUGCGAGACAAGCUGAGCUUGUCAGAUGGAUUUCCUACUUUUACCCCCCCUUUUUUUAAUUGUUUUUACUGAGGGCGUCCUAGCUUCCUUCUUCCCUAAACUGGAGCAUGAUCUGUAACGGUGAAGGAGGACGUCAUCCGUCGGCGUGAUACCCUGACUUUGUUUGCAUGAAGCGACACCAGUAUAUGAUUUGGCCGUAUAUGAAUAUUCCCAACCUGUUGUUACAUCUUGCGGUAAUGGGAGGGUUGGUUUUGCCGAACGCCGUUGCGUCAUUGUUGGAAUUCUUGGGGCUAGACUCAGGUGGUAUUGUGAGAUGCGUUGGUUAAGUUUGACGCUUUUGUUGUGUCGUGGGGUUGGAGGAUGGGUUUGAAUUUGAUACCCUGUGAUUUGAGCGGUUUCUUAGUUCUUGUUUCUGUUGGCGUUUGUCAGGAUGCUUGGUUUAGACAUGUGUCUCAGGAUUCUCAUGACCUUUUCUUUUAUCAGGGAGGCAGUUGGUUUGGCAAUGGAGUCGCGGCUCUGUUUACAGAUUGAUGAUGAGGAUGCCUGGUGUGUUUCUUGACGUUUAUGAUGAUAUCUAUAGUUUUAUAUAGCGAUGAGAUUGCUCAGACAUAGAGCUGAGCUAUAAUGCAAACUGAGUUCAAACUUGAUCUCGGAGUGGCUAUUAUGUGACCAUAACUCAGAAUAUCCG